AAGUGCUACUGAGAAGUCCAUUGCCGUUAAAGCUGUUGUUACCGCCCAACGGAGUGCAACUUUCUUGGCUGAUUUGAUUGGUCACACUUUCACCUUGGAGCUUGUUAGCUCUGUGGUCGAUCAUAAUCCAAAUUAUUACACUCAGCUGAGACUUGCCAAAGUCUUAAUUGGGUGCUAUAUAGAUAUCAUAUAUGGUUCAUGGUUAUCAAAAAAAUAAAAACAAAAGGAAAUAAAAAAAAAAAGAGAGGAGAAUAUGGUUCUAUCAAUUACGAAAAUAAAAGAAAAAAAACAGUAAUAUACUUCUAUAUGAUGGCUAAUAAUUUUUAGAGGUGUUAUGAGCUCUCUCCUUCCUAAGCUGGGACAGUGUGGUGUGUGUGUAUUUUCAUGUGUUGCUAAAAACCAAAAACAAUAAUUUCAAAUUAUUUGAUCAGCUGUGGUAAUUAUAGUGAACGAAUUUUUCAAAUUUUAACAAAUGUUUCAGUAGUGUAAAAUCCACAGGGAAUAUGCAGAAAAAGAGUAUGCUAAUGCUAUGUUUGGGAGUACAGAAUCGGUGAUAUGAAUUUGAAAUUAAAAGAAUUUUAGUUAAAAUUUGAAGUUAAAUUUCUUUUAAUUCCAAAUUUAAAGCACUAAUUUGAUGCUCUUAAGCACAACAUAAUAGUAAUUCUCUUUCGAUUAGUUAGCUUAUUAUGAAGUUUCUCCAUUGAUGGAGUAAGAUUCCAUCAAUCGUAGCAAUUGGGUCAUGACAUUUUUCAUGAGCUAGCUUAGUGUCACCCCUUUAGCUUUCAAAUGAGAGGGUGUGGUCCAUAUAGGGACGAGACAUUCACGGUGUGUGACUACUAUUAAAUGUCACUAGCUUUCUGAUUUUUGUUUUUGUUCAUUACAAGUCAAAAUUUGAUUGAUACACUGAUCGAAUAUAUAGAAAGUGGUAAAUUAAGCCAUCUCUAUUAAAUUUUUAUAUCAAUCCAGAAAAAAGAAAAACCUAAAGGUCAUUGUGUUGAAAAUAUUUACCCCCUAAUUUUAACAUUAACCAAAAUGGUGAAAAUGAAAGUUGACAAUGACUAAAUUGAAGAGUACACCACACACACACACACACACACACAUAUAUAUACAGUGUAGUGUAUAGAUAAAGAAGGUACAUCUUAUUUUCUUUUAAUUUAGCUAAGGGUUUAUUUGGUAAGCGUUUUGUUUUUGUAUUUUGUUUUACCCCGAAACAAAACAAGUUUUGUAUUGUAUAGUGUUUUGAAUAGUAAUCGGAAACGUAUUUGGUAAUGUCUAUUUAUUGCAAAAAUUUUUGAAAGUAAAAAUAUAAAAACAUUUUUGGUAGAUAAGUGUUGCAAGUUAAAAAAAUAUAUAUAAUGGCUAGUUUAGAAAGCUAAUUUUGGAGUUUUUCAAUUUUUUUGGUUACUGUUCAUUACUAUAGUGCGAAAAUAUGUAAAAAUACCAAAUUGGUGUUUCAACUUUUGGUCACUAUUUACGAAACGUUUCGACACUAUACAAAAUAGUUUUUACCAAAUGUGUUUUUUCUACUAUUCACUGUUACAGUACUUGAUAAAAACAAAAGCACCAAAAACAAAACUCGUACCAAACAGGUCCUAAGAGAUUUUUUAUUUCUUUGAUUUUCGAAAACCAAGCUCAAAAGUAAGGAUCUAUUUGAUUUAAUUUUUUAAAAACAGAUAUCAAUAACUGAAAAAAUAGAAAAAUAUUUUCAGAAAAAUAUAAAGAAUAGUUAUCUUAAAACAAUCAUUUUCUUUUAUGUUCUUUUGAUUUUCCAUUUUCAUAAAGAAAAAUACUAACAAAACUAUUAUAAAAAAACUAAACCAAACCCUACCCGAAACUAAUAUUUGUUUCCGAUCAUUUAUUGUUUUGAAGAGACGGGACUGGAGAAGCCUCCGAUCAAGGUGCAUGUUAGACGGGCCAGCGAUGAUGUUGAUGAAGUGAAGUAUGAGACUAAUUUUUCAGUUCCAGGAGACUUUGGAGAAAUUGGUGCAGUGUUUGUACAAAAUGAACACAGCAGGGAGAUGUAUCUCAAGAACAUAGAACUUACUGGUUUCUUAAAUGGCCCUGUUCACAUCACAUGCAAUUCCUACGUUCAGCCAACGUCUGAUAGUUCCGAUAAAAGGAUCUUCUUCUCCACUAAGUCAUACUUGCCAUCCCAAACACCGGAUGGGCUGAAGAGGCUAAGAGAGGAAGAGCUUGAAAACCUCCGUGGUAAUGGCCAAGGAGAGCGCGAGAGCGAAGACAGGAUCUACGAUUACGAUGUCUACAAUGAUCUCGGCGAUCCCGACAGCAGCGAUGACUUGGCUCGGCCGAUACUCGGUGGAAAAGGGCAUCCAUACCCAAGGCGUUGCAGAACCGGCCGCGAACGCUGCAAGACAGAUUCAUCAUUUGAGUCUAAAGGCUCCGUUUAUGUGCCAAGGGAUGAAGCAUUUUCAGCCGUGAAGAGUGCAACAUUCUCAGCGAAGACUGUAUACUCGGCGUUUCAUGCAGUUGUGCCAGCCCUGGAGACAUAUUUUGUGGAUAAAGAACUUCCAUUUGCAUACUUCACAGAAAUAGAUUCAUUGUACAAUGAAGGGAUUAACGUACCUGCGCUUAGUAAAAAUGGGAUUCUCGAUGUCAUACCCAGGAUUGCCAAGUUUAUUAGUGAUAGCAGACAAAGUGUCUUGCGCUUUGAGACCCCAGAAAUGAUUGAGAGGGACAAAUUUUCUUGGUUUAGAGAUGAGGAGUUUUCUCGACAGACUCUAGCUGGUAUCAAUCCGUAUACCAUACAGUUGGUCACGGAAUGGCCAUUGAAGAGCAAGCUUGAUCCCAAUGUCUACGGCCCAGCUGAAUCAGCAAUCACCAAGGAGAUAGUGGAGAGAGAGAUCAGGGGCUUCUGUACCAUUGAAGAGGCUGUGAAAAAUAAGAGGUUGUUCAUGCUAGAUUACCAUGAUCUGCUGUUACCAUAUGUGAACAAAGUUAGGGAGCUGGACAACAUGAUCACAACACUCUAUGGAUCAAGGACAUUGUUCUUCCUCACCCCAGACGGCACGUUGAGGCCGCUAGCCAUUGAGUUGACUCGGCCACCAUCGGAUGACAAGCCUCAUUGGAGGCAAGUGUUCACGCCCGAUUGGACAGCCACAGGCUCCUGGCUUUGGAGACUAGCCAAGGCUCAUGUCUGUGCUCAUGACUCUGGUAUUCACCAGCUAGUCAGUCACUGGCUAAGAACUCACUGUUGUGUGGAGCCUUAUGUAAUUGCAACUAAUCGCCAACUUAGCGCAAUGCACCCUAUUUAUAGACUGUUACACCCUCAUUUUCGGUACACAAUGGAGAUCAAUGCUUUGGCACGAAACUUCCUCAUUAAUGCAGGUGGGAUUAUCGAGACAUCAUUCUCACCCGGCAAAUAUUCUAUGGAACUUUGCUCUGCUGCCUAUGCGGCACAAUGGCGAUUCGAUUUGCAGGGACUUCCAGCAGACCUAAUUAACAGGGGAUUGGCUGUGGAGGAUCCAAGCCAGCCGCAUGGCCUGAAGUUGGCGAUUGAAGAUUACCCUUUUGCCAACGACGGUCUCCUCCUUUGGGAUGCUAUUAAAGAAUGGGUUACUGAAUAUGUCAACUACUACUACCCAAACGCAAGUCUAAUAGAGUCUGACAAAGAGCUCCAAGCAUGGUGGAAAGAAAUAAAAACAGUAGGCCAUGGCGACAUAAAGGAAGGGUGGCCGGAGCUCAAAACCCCUCAAGAUCUGAUCGGAAUUCUCACCACUAUGAUAUGGGUACCGUCCGGUCACCAUGCAGCUGUGAACUUUGGUCAGUAUGACUAUGCUGGCUAUUUCCCCAAUAGGCCUACCAUUGCUAGGAAGAACAUGCCUACCGAAGAGCCAACCGAAGAAAUGUGGAAGUUUUUCUUGGAGAAGCCUGAGGUUAUUAUGUUGAUGAUGUUCCCUUCCCAAGUUCAAGCUUCAACAGUUCUGACCAUUUUGGAUGUGUUGUCCACCCAUUCUCCAGACGAGGAGUAUCUUGGCGAUGAACCUGAGGCAGCCUGGGCCCAGGAACCGUUUAUAAAGGCUGCCUUCGAGAGGUUUAAUGGGCAGUUGAAGAAACUUGAAGGGAUUAUUGAUUCUAGGAACAUUGACCCAAAUUUGAGGAAUAGAAGUGGAGCUGGGGUUGUUCCAUAUGAGCUGCUGAAACCUUUUUCGGACUCUGGAGUGACAGGGAAGGGAGUUCCUAAUAGCAUCUCAAUUUGAAGAUAGAAUGGUAUUAUACCUGAGUUGAGAUACUAUGUUUUGAAACUUGUGGCUCAUAUAAUGUAUUGCUGGCUUGUUUCUUCUUGAAUAAUACGAGAAUAAAGUUUCAAAUCAA